UUGAAUGUAGUUAGUAUUUUCUUCUCAAAGCUUUUUACAGAUCCAGAGGCUUCUACGGGAUACAAAGAUGAUAAAGAUGUCCCAGAUGAUUCAAUAACUCCAACUUAUGCGUUAGCUGUUCUUCACAUACAAAAUGAACGGUGGGAAGGAGUGCCGUUCUUUAUGCGAUGUGGAAAAGGUCUAAACGAAACCAAGACAGAAGUUCGUAUACAGUUUAAAGAAGUGAAUGGUGACAUUUAUCCUCCUGGUGUUCUAAAGAGAAGCGAACUUGUCAUGCGAGUUCAGCCAAAUGAAGCAGUGUACCUCAAAUUGAUGACGAAAAAGCCUGGCAUGGGAUUUGAUGUUGAGGAAUCCGAACUUGAUCUCACUUAUAAUGCGCGUUAUAAGAACAUACGUCUACCUGAUGCAUACGAACGCCUAAUUCUCGAGGUUUUCAUGGGAUCGCAAAUAGAUUUUGUGCGAACUGAUGAACUUGAAUACGCCUGGAGAGUUUUCACACCAGCUCUGAAGGAAAUAGAGGAACAACGCGUUCAACCUAUCAAAUAUAAAUUUGGGAGCCGUGGUCCAAAAGAAGCCGAUGAAAUGAUGCAGGCCCGCGGUUACGUAUUUACAGGCACAUACAAAUGGGUAGCACCAAACAAACUGUAG